GAGAGGGAAGGCUGGGUGGGGGCAGAACAGAAGGGAGAGGACAGCGGGGCACACUCUCUCCCAACACCUGCACCUGGUCACUUGAUUCACAUUCAAACUCACUCCAAAGGAUCAAUGGACCAGCGUCUUGCCCACAACACGGUGAUGGUUGCUGCUUUCCAGGCUUAAACUUUUGGCAAAGAGUGGAACAAGCGCUCGAGGUUCAGCUGUGUAGUUUUCUUUUUGUCUUCCAACACUGCAGGAAGACAUGCCGUCGGUUAAUAGCCGCUGAUUAGGCAGCGUUUUCUUCUUCUUCUCAAGGGGAAUUUGCAAAUCGGACUGUUCUGUGGCUGCACAGCGGUGCUGAGAGAGAUUUUCCAAAGCAGCUCCGGGGCGCAAAACGCGGGGAAUGCAGCGGUAACAUCCCGCAAGUUUUGGAUCUGAGAAACGUAGCGGCGAUCGUGAAAGUCCGAAACCAAAGAUUUAGAUCUCUGUGAGCUACCUGCAUGGCUGUUACCAUGACAGCAUUUGGAGCCCAAGUCUUCCUGUUGGCCUUGUGUGUUUACAGCAGCUCGGGCAUGCAGCAGUCUGCUCCGCGGGUUCGCCUCUCUUUCAAAGAACUGAUGGACACGCGUGCAGCACGUCCGUUCAGUUUCUCCUUCAACACUAGCGACUACCGCAUCCUCCUGAUGGAUCAGGAUCAGGGCCGUCUCUACCUGGGCAGUCGGGAGUACCUGGUGGCUCUGGACAUGCACAAUGUCAACAAGGAGCCACUCAUAAUUCACUGGCCAGCGUCUGCUAAGAGAAAAGGAGAAUGUCAGAUGACAGGAAAGGAGAGACAGGGUGAAUGUGCCAACUUUGUGAGGUUAAUAGAGCCAUGGAACCGCACCCACCUCUACACCUGUGGAACAGGGGCAUACCAGCCUAUCUGCACAUUCAUCAACAGGGGCUGGAGGGCAGAGGACUACCUUUUCAGGCUGGUGCCUGGGUACAUGGAUUCAGGGAAGGGAAAAUGUUCCUAUGAUCCCAAACAGGAGAGCAUUGCAGUUCUAAUCGAUGGGAACCUAUAUGCAGGGGUCCAUAUUGACUUCAUGAGUACAGAUGCAGCUCUGUUUAGGACCAUGGGAGGGAGGACAGCAAUCAGGACCGAGCAGUAUGACUCUAGGUGGCUCAAUGAGCCUGUGUUUGUUCAGAUCCAGCAGAUCCCUGACAGUGCAGAAAGGAAUGAUGACAAACUUUAUUUCUUUUUCCGUGAGAAGACUUUAGACGCCAGUGGUGGGACGAGCCCCAGCGUUAUAGCUAGGGUGGGAAGAGUGUGCCUGAAUGAUGAAGGAGGGCAGAAGUCCCUGGUGAACCGGUGGACGACGUUCCUGAAGGCUCGUCUUAUCUGUUCAGUGAUAGGAGAGGAUGGAGUGGAGACACGCUUUGAUGAACUACGGGAUGUGUUUAUUCAGCCCACACAGGAUGAACGAAACCCUAUGGUGUAUGCUCUCUUCACUACAGCAGGCUCUGUGUUCAAGGGCUCAGCAGUCUGUGUGUACUCAAUGGCUGAUAUCCGCAAUGUCUUCAAUGGACCUUUUGCCCACAAACAUGGUCAUAAUUACCAGUGGACAGAAUACACUGGCAAGAUUCCCUACCCACGGCCUGGAACAUGUCCGGGAGGGACCUUCACUCCUGGGAUCCGUUCCUCCAAGAACUUUUCAGAUGAGGCUGUGAAUUUCAUUAGAGCACAUCCCCUCAUGUUCCAUCCGGUUUAUCCUAUUCAUCGCCGCCCCCUGGUGGUGAGAACUGGCGUGGACUACCGCUAUACUGCCUUUGUGAUGGAUCAGGUGGAUGCUGUGGAUGGACGCUACGAGGUGCUCUUCCUGGGCACAGAUCGAGGCACUGUGCAAAAAGUAAUUGUUUUGCCUAAGGACCCCACCAGCAUGGAGGAACUCACACUGGAGGAAGUGGAGGUUUUCCGGACCAGAGCUCCAGUCAAAACAAUGAGGAUAUCUUCUAAAAGACAACAGCUGUACGUGUCAUCGGACGCAGGGCUGACCCAGGUGUCGCUGCACCGCUGUGGUGUGUAUGGCAGGGCUUGCUCUGACUGCUGUCUGGCCCGGGACCCUUACUGUGCCUGGGAUGGAGAGAGCUGCUCUGCCUUCACCCCAUCCACCAAGAGGAGGAGCAGGAGACAGGAUGUUAAACAUGGCGAUCCACUGAGGCAGUGCAGAGGCUUCAAUGCCAAAGUGGAGAAACGUCUGAGAGAGACGGUGCAGUUUGGGGUGGAGGGCAGCAGUACCUUCUUAGAAUGUCAGCCUCGCUCUCCCCAGGCCACUAUCAAGUGGCUCUUCCAGAGGGAGGGAAGGAGGAAAGCGCUAAACCGUGUGGGAGGCAUUCUGAAGACCAACCACGGUAUCCUUCUGAAGUCUCUGAACCAGUCAGACUCGGGGCUGUACCACUGCCUCGCCACAGAGAACAACUUUAAACACACAGUGGCCCGUGUGGCGCUGCGCAUCCUGGACCGAGACAUUGUUAUAGCUCUCACCACUCAAGAUGAGGAUGAAGAGCCAAAAACCCGCCAAGUGGAACCUUACCCGCAGCCAUCCAUCGCCUCCACACCCUUCCCACCUGAGAUAAGACUGAUUAACCAGUACUGCCAGUCCUACUGGGAACAACUCAACCCCAAACAGCAGCAGCGCAAACGUGCAAGCCGCAGGCACACGGAGAGCCAGGACCAAGGUCUGGGCUAGAGGUGGGACUGAUGUCAUCUGGAAUUGGUGGACGUUUACAUUUGACACGCAUGUUUGGGUGUCACCUCACUUCAUUAGGCAGGUGAUGCUGUCUUGCAAAUUACAAAUUACUAUAUUGGUGGUUUUGCAAGUGUCAGCCUAAAUACAAAUUUUGAUUAUUUUACAUUACUGAUGACUGCUUUUCAGCAAAUACUGUAUGUUUUUUGGAUUGAUUUUCCAUCUUCCAGAUAUCUGUUCCCGUUGUUUUGACGUUUAAACUGACUUGGACUUGAUACGUUCUCAAGACUGAUCACCUGUCACAGGGCUUGUUUUUCUUGUUGGUUCAUUCAGGUGCUUGUAGAAUCAAGAUACAAGGUAAAACUUUUUAAUGCAAGAAACUUAGAAAAAAACCCAUAAUUUUCAUAAAGCCCAUGUUUCCAGAGGUGUGAAAACGCAGCUCGAUUACCAUAAUGUCACUGUGACAGAACACUACGUUGCUCAUUGAUCACACAGGUUUGUUGUUUUUUGGAAAAUGUUAGAUUGUGAUGUAAAGUAAAUGCAAAUGUGGUUAAUGUGCUGUAACAUGCAAAACCAUAAGUAUGGUCUGUUUAAGUAUCUUGAAACACAAAUGUAAUAUAUACUGAUUAUGAAUAUAAUAUAUUGUCAUUGGAUUACUCUUGUAUGAAGUUUUGUGAUGAUAUAAAAGCAUGUGUUGUACAUUUUACUGUUCUGUUUUCAGCCUUGGCGUGUAGUGAUGUUUGUAUUGUGUAAUGUAUUUUGUUAAGCUAAUUUCCAUGUUGUCAUAUAAAGACUCCCUUACUGUCC